CGUGAGUCCCCGAUGUCCGAGGUGUCGGAUUCGACGGCUUAAUCUAUGCCCUGAAUCCAAUGAAAUGGCCGUGGCAACAUCUCACAUCCAACGCUCUUCGUUGCCAGUUAACUCGACUCAGUUCCCUCCACUCUGCUUGUGUUCGUUCAAAGAGGCCCCAGAGAUGUCGAUGAUGGCUGCGAAGACUCAAAAUGACUUCUCCUUUUCUCAGGCUCAUGUACUAAAUUCAAGCUGUUUCCCCAAUUCUUUACAGGGGGAAUCCGCACCUCCUACGGCGGCCGUGCACUUUGAAGAACUUCUCAUCUGUCUCAUCUUAGGUACUUCUAUACCGUGCGCGUGCAUUUCAACCGACAGAAGUUUGGAUUACGGGAAAGGUCCAACGGAUGUCCUCGCAAACAGGCUCAGAUUCGGGAACCAUUCGCGUAAGGACACGAUCCGAGUCUCCGUACGCUGAGGGUAGUUAAGAUGAAGCGCUCAGUAAAACAUCUUCAGAUAUCCCAGUCUUCGUUUGACCUUUUGCAACUAUCUUCCUUAGAUACUACUGGAAGGUCAACUUAGCAAGAUGACUGAUCAUUCAGAUACGUCUCCCAACUGCUACGAUGAGAAGGACUUACCGGUAUUCACACCCAUGUCCUGGUCUCUCAAAGAAAUCCGGGCCGCCAUACCACCACAUCUCUUUGCGAGAGAUACCACUCUCGGACUACAGUACCUCUUGCGAGACAUAGUCCUCGCAACUCUCCUUUGGCAUCUCGCCACGAAUAUCGACCUUAUCCCAAAGAAUCCCGCUAUCGUCCAAACUAUCACCCCUCUAGGGGUAGAACUCCUUCGAUGGUCUGCCUGGGCAACAUACUGGUGGUUUCAAGGGCUUGUCUUCACCGGUAUUUGGGUCAUCGGUCACGAAUGUGGCCACGGUGCUUUCUCAGACCACAGAUUUGUCAACGACACAAUCGGAUUUGUCCUUCACACUGCAUUAUGGACCCCGUAUUUUAGCUGGAAAAUAUCUCAUCAUCGUCACCACCGUAACCACGCUUCAAUGGAACGAGAUGAGGUCUAUGUUCCAAAAACCAGAAAUGAACUCGGGGUCCCCACUGGCGAAAGAUCCAUCGAGUAUGAUGAGAUUUUUGGGGACACACCAAUCUACACGCUUUUCAUGCUCGUUCGACAGCAACUACUCGCUUUCCCUGCCUACCUACUCUACAACGUAUCGGGUCAGAAAAACUACCCAAAAUGGACAAAUCACUUUGACCCAAGCUCUAUCCUAUUCACCAGGGAACAGCGAGACGCCGUGAUAAUGUCCAACAUUGGUAUCGCCGCUAUGGCCUAUAUUGUCUCUUCCGCCAGCUCUGCAUACGGCUUUUGGGAAGUUGUCAAAUUUUACGGUAUACCGUGGCUUGCAUUGUCCCAUUGGUUCGUCAUGAUCACCUAUUUACACCACACCGACCCUGCCUUGCCCCACUACCGUGGAAGAGAAUGGAAUUACCAGCGUGGAGCCGCAGCUACCGUCGACAGAAACUUUUUGGGAUGGCAGGGUCGGUUCUUUUUGCACGAUGUCGCUCAUUACCAUGUUAUUCACCACUUCUUCCCCAAGAUGCCAUUCUAUCACGGAGAAGAAGCCACUAUUCAUCUGAAGGCAUUCAUCGGCAAACACUAUGCUUAUUCCGAUAAACCGGUAUUCAGAGCCCUCUGGGAUAGCUACAACGAAUGUCAAUUCGUCGAAGACGAAGGUUCUAUCCUAUUCUACAGAAACAAGAAAGGGAAAGCAGUUCUUCGACCGGUCGAAUCCUCUGCGGAAUAGGAACGGGAAACCUCCCCAUCUGUUCAAGUACUAUUUAUUGUGUAC